AUGACGUCGAGUGAGCAACCAACCGUUGUUCCUCAUACCUCUGAUCAGGAGAGGUCCGUUAGUGACGGUGAUCUCGAGACUGAGAAGAAACGAAGAAAGACCCGUCGCCGUCGAGCUAACAAGAGCCGUUUCAAGCCAUAUCAUUCACUGAGCCCGGAAGAGAAGAUUGCCUUGGAUGCCGCGGAAACUGCGAGAUCGGAGCGUAGGAUUCGAGAACGUAUGGCGAAUGGGAAACCGAUGGCUCCAAGCAAUACAACACAGUUCCUAUUAGAAGAUCGUGAAGCCAGAGCCGAGAAGGGGUUAGAGGUUGAGCUGGCAUACGAAGCAAGUGAAAGGAAGCGAGUUCGUUCGAUCAGUGUGUCGAGUGAGUUUAUGGCUGCUAGCGAAGGUGCAUCCUCAAGUGGUGACAGCGAAACCGAUAAGGAAAUGGAUAGAGAGUUCGAAGCCGAAUUUGAAGAAUAUACUAUGGACCGUAUCUCCAAACUCACCAAAGAUGAGAUGACAAAAGAAAUAUUGGAUAAAGAGAAGAAUGCAGAGUUAUACCAAGAAAACAUGUCGAAAAUGAUGAAGGAGAAUCAACGAUUAAGGAAGAUGUUAAUUGAUAACGGAAUUGUUCUCGGUGAAAAUCAUACCUCCCAGUCAGUUGUGUAG